CUUGACGAAAAUCAAAUCAAAAGAUCGACAACAUUCGACGAGUGCAGAUCACCAGCUCACCAGCUCAAAACAUCUGAAAUAUCAGACAGCCAGAGAACUAAACUCGCAAAGUCCGCAGAUUUUCACGAAAACCCACCAAGAUUUUCCGUGUCGUUUUCCAAAAAAUAAAAACAAUUCAUCAGCAUAUUAAUAAACAAUAAAAUUACUUAAGUGUCAGUGACUUUUGAACACAGAAAAAACACACCCAAACGUGACUGUAUAAUCAGCCAAGAAACCCAACAACUGGUGGUGAUAAUAAAAGAACUUACAACAACAGCGACGAGAACCAGUAUAAAGUUCAAUAUCGCGUUGAUUCAAAUUAAACAAAGGAGAAUCGACAGCAGCAGCAGGAACAACAAAAAGCCAGCUCGGUUUUGUCAUUCAAGUAUUUUUGGUCAAUACACGGCAUACGAAAUGGCAGCCUACUUGGACCCCACUGGCCAGUACUAAAGCAGCUAUCCAGAGAUAUUGUUAAGCAACUUUAAAGACUCGCAAUAAAUCAAAGAUCUUCGCCAUGGCCGCCUAUCUGGAUCCCACUGGUCAGUACUGAAGAAGAAGGAGCAUACGUAUAUCUUGAGUUCCCAUCCAAAAGUUAUCAAGAAAAGUAUCAAAAUGUCGCUCGACUUGGACCCCACUGGCACCUACUAAGGAUCCAUCAAAGGAAACCCCUUUAGCCAAGCAAACAGGGCUAAAUAUUGCAAGAGAUACUAUCAUAUCUUCAAGAAAAACCCCCAAAAACAGAUCUAUACAACAUGCUGGACCCCACUGGAACCUAUCGGCGACCCCGCGACUCGCAAGACAGCCGCCAAAAGAGGCGACAGGACUGUCUGGAUCCCACCGGGCAGUACUGAUCGAUCCAAUUCCCCGACUGGAGAGCCCCAUAACGCCCGUGCCUUAUCCAAAAAUUCUGGGCAUGAUUGGGGGAGCGCGCUGGUUGCGCGUUCGAGGCCGCGAGGAGACUUCCAGCUGCCGGCGCAGGAGAAAGCUGGGGAUUCCCCGGCAGACCCCUGCGAUGCGAACUUUUGUAUUUAUGUAGUUUUUUCGUAGCCUACCAAUACCUAUUACAUUAAUUAUUUAUUAUUACCAUACUAUUUAAAUUAAAUAUUGUUCAUUGCUGUUCACAAAACACCGAAGCGCACACAUACAUAUCCUAUAUCCUAUAUUGUAUCACACAUACACCAUAUAUGUUAUAUAUAUAUUCAUAUACACUGGUAAUUGUUUCUUCAAAUUGGAAAAGAUUACGCAAAGAGUA